AAAAAAAAGGUUCUUUAGAGAAAUUGUUCUUCAAAGAACCAUAAAUGGUGUCUCAAAAUGGCUCUUUGAGGCACCGUUUCUGGUUAUUUAAAGUUCUUUACACUCUUUUUUUUAGCGAUUAUGAAAACCAGAAACCAUUUUCGGUUCCCGAGGGCACCUUUAUCUUUCUAAGCGUGCUGCAGGUUUAUAACUGUGUUAUUGGUCCAUGAUUAUUCAUCCACAUUCGUCAAGGCAUCAUCCGUGUGAAACUCUCCAUGCGAGCAGCUGCUCGGCUUCCCGCCACACAGAUGUGUUUCCUUGGACUCCCGGUUGUGGAUUAAAAAGUGUUUCCUCAUCCUAGAAGCAGCUGAUGUUUCCUCAUCCACCAAACAAAGUGGUCCGGCCUGUUGGAAGAGCUCCUCGGCCAAUCAGGACGCUCCCUCCUCCCCUGCACACUUGCAGACAUAAAGCCAGUGUUCCCCCUGAGGAGGUUUCCAUUCGGCAGCAGCACCAUGAAGGCUCUCGUCCUCGCCGGCAUCCUGGCAGCGCUGGCCGCCUCUGAAGCCGGCUUAUCGAGAGCAAAAAGACAGUGGGCGUUUUCUGGGUCCUCGUCCUCCUCGUCCUCCUCGUCCUCUUGGUCCUCUUCGUCCUCCUCUGAGAGUUCAGGCCUCUGUCUGAACGGAGGCCGCUCCCUCCCGGCUCUGGCCACCGGCGACCACUUGUUCUGCUUGUGCGCCGACGGCUUCGAGGGCGUUCGCUGUGAAGCGGUGACGAGGCCGCUCUGCUACGAGGGCGUGGGGCUCUACUACAGAGGCACGGAGGCGACGUCCGAGAGCGGCCGCACGUGUGCGGAGUGGGACUCGGACACCCGGGACAACUUCCUGUCUUCCGAUGUCCAGGCGGGGAGGCACAACUACUGCAGAAACCUUUUCUACAGGCGGCGCCCGUGGUGCAACGUGUGGGUGAACCGGCGGCUGGUUUGGGAGUACUGUCGUAUUCCACGUUGUGUUUCUGAGUCGCUUCCAGCCUCAACCUCAACCUCAACCUCAACCUCGCCUUCUCCAUCACCGUCAAGUUUACCUUCACCCUCGACUUCACCUUCACCUUCACCCUCAUCGUCACCCACUGAGCCACAGACGGAGUCGACGUGCGGCCGGCGCUCCCGGAGGAAGCAGAUGAAGAUCGUGGGCGGAACCGUCGCCACCGUGGAAUCCCACCCGUGGGUCGCCGCCAUAUUCUGGCGCAGCAAGUCGAAGGAGAAGGUGUUCCGCUGCGGGGGCAGCCUGAUCUCGGCCUGCUGGGUGCUCACGGCCGCCCACUGCUUCCCCGACGGCGCCGGCAGUAGGCGGCGCCGCUUCUCCGUCGUCCUGGGGAAGAACGCCAUGAACGAGACGGACCCGCUGGUGGAGCAGCGCUUCAGGGUGGAGGAGAUCGUCCUCCACCACGGGUUUGACAACAGCGAGGGGAACUACGACAACGACAUCGCGCUGCUGAGGCUGAGGGCCCGAGGAGGACUCUGCUCGGAGGAGAGCCCGGCCGUGAGGCCCGUCUGUCUGCCGCCGCCGCUGCAGAGCCUCCCGGACGGCGCCGCCUGCGAGAUCGCCGGCUACGGGAAGGAGAGCCACGGUCUGUGGUACAGGUCUCGGGUCCUCCGGGAGGCCCAGGUGAACCUCCUGGCCGACGCCGUGUGUCGGCGUCCGGACUUCUACGGGGAUCUGAUCAGCGCCAACAUGUUCUGCGCCGGUGUUCCCGACUGGAGCCGAGACGCCUGUGAGGGGGACUCUGGGGGCCCUCUGGUGUGUGCGGUGGGCAGCAGGCUCUUCCUGUUCGGCGUGGUGAGUUGGGGUGAGGGCUGUGCGGCGGCGAGCCGGCCGGGCGUCUACACCCGAGUGACCAACUACAACGCGUGGAUCGGGCAGCGGACGGCGCUGCCGGCCAUCGCCGCCGGCGCCGCGUUCCCUCGGGAGUGAAGCCCGUGAACUCUGACCGCGGCGGCUCGCUCCGAGGAUGUUUAAAUUUUUUUUAAUUCUUUUUUUUUUUGCAAGGAAGUGACCCAAAAUACCCUGUCAUCGCACUGUAGCCCCGCCCCUAAAGCAUGCCCUGCUUUAUGGUCUGUUUGACUCUAAAUGAUGAAGUCGCCCUCUGGUGGUUAGGAGAGAGAAUGCAGCUUUAACACAUCAAGCAUAGACUUCUAUACAACCAGAGGAGUCGCCCCCUGGUGGUCAGGAGAGAGAAUGCAGCUUUAACACAUGAAGUAUAGACUUCUAUACAACCAGAGGAGUCGCCCCCUGGUGGUCCAUAGAGAGAAUGCUUCGCCGGCGUUAUUUUGCUUCAAAUCAGGUUUAAUACGUUUAUCUGACAACAAAGCAUCAAUAGUGUAAAAUUAUCUGUAAUUAUAAAAUUGUUAUAUGUUUUCUCAGCUUUGUAUUUUAAAAAGAAAUGCAAUUGCAAUGCAAUGUAGCUUAGGGUAACUAUUUAUGUUUUAUAUUGUAAUACAUUCUUUAAAAAUAUAGGAUUAAUUUUAAUAUGUUUUUGUUGAAUGUUUUUUAAAACUUUUAUUUCUACAUUUUGAGGUCAUUUAUUAGUGAGACAGAACAUUGUAAUUGCACUUUCAUGCAGUAAUCACCACAGUAUUAACAAAAUAAAUCUUUUAAAUUGU